GCUGCGCGGCGCGGGCGAGUGCCAGCCGCCGUGCGCGCCGCGGGAGCCGCUCUGCCCUUCGCCCGCUCCCUGCCCUGCGCACCUCGAGAGAGCCGGGGAACGGGGACAGGCCUGAAGUAUGGCAUGCUGCGAACAUGGUUUCUGCCAAGAAGGUUCCCGCGAUCGCGCUGGCCUCCGGGCUCAGUUUCGCCCUCCUGCGAUUCCUGUGCCUGGCGGCUUGUCUAAACGAAUCCCCAGGACAGAACCCGAAGGAGGAGAAAUUGUGCCCGGAGAAUUUCACCCGCAUCCUGGACAGUUUGCUCGAUGGCUAUGACAACAGGCUGCGCCCUGGAUUUGGGGGUCCUGUUACGGAAGUGAAAACAGAUAUAUACGUCACCAGUUUUGGACCUGUUUCUGAUGUUGAAAUGGAAUACACAAUGGAUGUGUUCUUCAGACAGACAUGGAUUGACAAGAGACUGAAGUACGAUGGCCCCAUUGAAAUUUUGAGACUGAACAAUAUGAUGGUAACGAAAGUGUGGACGCCUGACACUUUCUUCAGGAACGGGAAGAAAUCCGUCUCACACAACAUGACGGCCCCAAAUAAGCUUUUCAGAAUCAUGAGAAAUGGCACUAUUUUAUACACAAUGAGACUCACCAUAAGCGCGGAGUGUCCCAUGAGAUUGGUGGAUUUUCCCAUGGACGGGCACGCGUGUCCUUUGAAAUUUGGGAGUUAUGCAUAUCCAAAGAGUGAGAUGAUCUAUACCUGGACAAAAGGCCCUGAGAAAUCAGUUGAAGUUCCAAAGGAAUCUUCCAGCUUAGUUCAGUAUGACUUGAUUGGGCAAACAGUAUCAAGUGAAACUAUCAAGUCGAUUACUGGUGAAUAUAUUGUCAUGACGGUUUACUUCCACCUUAGACGGAAGAUGGGUUAUUUUAUGAUUCAGACCUAUAUUCCAUGCAUUAUGACUGUGAUUCUUUCUCAAGUUUCAUUCUGGAUAAACAAAGAGUCAGUUCCAGCGAGGACUGUAUUUGGAAUAACCACGGUCCUCACCAUGACCACACUGAGCAUCAGCGCACGGCACUCUUUGCCCAAAGUGUCCUAUGCCACUGCCAUGGACUGGUUCAUAGCUGUCUGCUUUGCUUUUGUAUUUUCGGCCCUCAUCGAGUUUGCUGCUGUCAACUACUUCACUAAUGUUCAAAUGCAGAAAGCCAAAAAGAAGACAUCAAAACCCCUUCAGGAAACUCCAGCUGCUCCGGUCCUGGGAGAAAAGCAUCCUGAGGCACCUGUACAGAACACAAAUGCCAACUUGAACAUGAGGAAAAGAACAAAUGCUUUGGUUCACUCUGAAUCUGAUGCUGGCCACAGACUUGAGACGGGAAACCACGUGAGCAAAUCUUCCACCACCGCUGUUCAAGAAUCUUCUGAAGCCACGCCUCGGUCUUACUUAGCUUCCAGCCCAAACCCAUUCAGCCGGGCAAACGCAGCUGAAACUAUCUCUGCUGCCAGAGCCCUGGCACCUGCUUCUCCUUCUGCUUCUAGUCAAACUGGGUUUGUGUCCAGACAAGCCUCACUCGGGUCUGCUUCUACCCAGCGUGUGUUUGGAUCGAGACUGCAGAGGAUCAAGACCACAGUGAACACCACUGGGGCCUCUGGAAAACCAUCAGCCCCCACUCCUCCCUCCACUCCACCCCCUUCUGGGUCUGGUACAAGUAAAAUAGACAAGUACGCCCGGAUUCUCUUUCCAGUCACAUUUGGGGCAUUUAACAUGGUCUACUGGGUGGUUUAUUUGUCUAAGGACACCAUGGAGAAGUCAGAAAGCCUCAUGUAGUUUUGUUUCUAUAGUAGUUUGCUAAAAGAUGACGAUGGAAAAUGCAGACUGUCUUUUUAAAUGUUUUUUAAAUAUAAUUAUUCUUUGCUAAAAUAAAAACUCUAUGUAAUUUUUUUUUUCCAUUUAAAAAAUACAAGCCAGUUAUUGGGAGCGUUAAUUGAUUCCUCAGUAAAGAAACAGUGAACCGUCUUUCUUCCUAGAUGAUUUUAAAAGAAUUCAGCGUUCCAAUUAGACAGAACACAGACCCUCUUGGAAAGUUGGAGCAAGGGAAAUAGGGCUAUCAGAGAUACAUGGUGCAUAUUUCUGCAUUGAAAAUUUGAAAACAGACUAUGACAUUUUUUUAAAAUACCCUGUGAAUAUCAACUAGGCAUCCUAAAUUUCCCAGUGGCCCUGCCCUUAACCAGAAUUGUUUAUCAGAUAUCAUAUGCAGGCACCUUUGGAGAGCCUCUUAGUACCUAAAAAAAAAAAAAAAAAAAAAAAAAAAGAAUUUCUGCG